AUGUCCGGGGCAUUAAGUUUGCUCGCGGAGCUCGAAAAGGAGAAUAAUAAAGCUCCAAGUCGAAAGAGUAGUCAAGCAAAACCAAGAACAGGUAGAACAGGUAGAUCUACAGCAAUUUCACGAUCAUCUUCAGUUCAAUCACGAGGACCAUCCCAAAUACAACGUCCAACAUCAUCUCCAGGGCCCUUUUCAAUUCCACCUCAAAAUAUAACUCCCCGCCGAACUACACAAUCGACAAAUGUUACCCCUCGAACAUCACUUGAUCGUGGAACUGAACGAUCGAGAUCUCAAGGACCUGAUUCUCGAAGAGUUUCAUUCGCAGAAGCUCCACGACCACAAACUAGAACUUUGAUGGUACCUACCAAAGAAAGUGUGCUAUCGUCUGGAUUUCCGUACAACCAAAAAUUAAACAAAUAUGGAGUUUCCGAGCAUGAAUGGUCGCAAUUCACCAAAGAAAUAUUAGAUACUCUUCCAUUAUCCAAGAGCUUUACCUGGAGAUGGAAGCGUGGGAAAAUUAUCGCGACCAUCAAACGAGAUCUCCAAUACGAAUCACCCUUAAAGUCGGCGCUGAGACAAUGGAACAAAGGAUUCCGACGCAGAGGUUUCUCGGUAUAUUUGGAGAUUCCCGUGGAGAAAGAUCUGAAUGAUGAUGAGGUAUCGGGAGAUACCAAGGAGGAAAAGAAACAAGCCAAGAAAGAUGCCAAGAAAUUCCGAUUCUUGAUAGGUGCUGGCAACUCAUCUUCUUCUUCCGUAUACUCGAAGACGAGUUUGGCGGAAAGUGUUAGUCGGGAAGGUUUGGUUAAGCCCGCUGCGAUUUCACACGAGGAUGAGGAGGAACAGACGAAACUAAAUUACCCACAACCACAAGCACAAGCACCAAUGAAUGGGACGGCGAAGGAAACGGCAGAAGAUGGAAAUAAUGAGCAUGAAUCUUCGGAUGAGAAGACUCCAGGUGUUUUGGAAUCAACAGAUAUUAUAGAUCAUGCACCUGGUGCAUUACCGAUAGCAUGA